AUGGCGAGGGUUAAGGUCAGGAGUUUAGGCCAGCGUCCGGUGCGAUGCCGUCAGAGACCCGGGGCACGACGCGCCCGUCUGACUGCCCUCUGCCUGUCUCGCCCCCGUCGCCUGUCUGUGUGCGCAGUCCUCCGGGUGGAUGCCGACCUGCGGUGGAUGCGGGCAGGCUCCGUCAUGCGGAAGGUGAAAUCGCGCACCUGGAAGAAACAGCGCUACUUCCGCUUGCAGGAUGACUGCGCUACCAUCUGGUACAAGAGCGAAAAGGCAGGCAAUGCCCACUGCACCUUCUCCAUCAGCGAUGUGGAGACAGUUAGAGAGGGCCAUCAGUCUGAGGUUCUGCUCAGCAUUGCAGACGAGUUCCCCCCAGACCGCUGCUUCACGCUGGUGUUCCGUGGUCGUCGCGGGAACCUGGACCUGGUGGCGGAGUCGGCGGAGGAGGCGCAGUCGUGGGUGAGGGGUAUGCGCAAGCUCAUAGAGAACCUGGAGAGCAUGGGGGAGCAGGAGAAACUAGACCAGUGGAUCUGUGACUGGUUUAAGAAAGCGGACAAGAACGGAGACGGCAGGAUGAACUUCAAGGAGGUUCAAGACCUGCUGAAGAUGAUGAACAUGGACAUGAAUGAGCACCAUGCCAUGCGCCUGUUCACGCUAGCAGAUAAGUCGGAGUCGGGCACCCUGGAGGACGACGAGUUCGUGCUGUUCUACAAGCUGUUGACGGAGCGGCCGGAGGUGCGGCGGCUGUUCCAGCAGCACUCCAGUGAUGGGCACACGCUCUCGCUGUGGGACCUGGAGGUGUUCCUGCGGGAGGGCCAGUUGGAGCAGGAGAACUUGCGGGAGCACGCGGCUGAGCUUGUCCUGUGCUACGAGCCCUCCGACACAGCUAAGACGCGGCAGGCCAUGACCAUCGACGGCUUCCUGAUGUACCUGGGCUCCCCGGAGGGUUCUGUCUUCAACCCGUCUAGGAAGCAACUGUACCAGGACAUGAGGCAGCCCCUCUGCCACUACUUCAUCUGCUCCUCGCACAACACCUACUUGAUGGAAAACCAGCUACGGGGCCACAGCAGCGUGGAGGGCUACAUACGGGCUCUGUCGCGUGGGUGCCGCUGCGUGGAAGUGGACUGUUGGGACGGUCCGAACGGAGAGCCCAUCGUGUACCACGGAUACACUCUCACCUCCAAGAUCCUGUUCAAAGAUGUCGUCAGCGUAAUGGGCCAGUACGCCUUUAAGGCGUCCCAGUACCCGGUGAUCCUGUCCAUGGAGAACCACUGCAGUGUGGAGCAGCAGAGAGUGUUGGCCCACCACCUCACCUGCAUCCUGGGUGACAAACUGCUCCAGAAUGCCCUGGAGGGCAGGAGUGUCAGUGGCGGCCUGCCCUCCCCGGAGGACCUAAAGGGGAAGAUUUUGCUGAAAGGGAAGAAGAUUGGGGGACUCGGAGCAAGUGUCAGCGCAGUGGGUGAGGACUCCCCGGUGGGGGACGUCAGCGAAGAAGACGAGCGUUUAGAGAUGGAAGAGGAGAACCAUCACGACGACACCCUUCGCCGCAAAGCCAAGAGUUCCAACGAGCGCCUGUCAAAGGAGCUGUCGGACUGCGUGGUGUACUGCAAGAGCGUGCGCUUCAGCAGUUUCAAGCACGCGCGCAUCCACUCCAAGUUCUACGAGAUCUCCUCCUUCACCGAGUUCAAAGCCAAGAAGCACAUGAAGGAAGCAGGGGCAGAUUUUGUGCAUCAUAACUCCCGACAACUGACCCGCAUUUACCCAAGUGGCUUCAGAACUGACUCCUCCAACUUCAACCCACAGGAGAUGUGGAGCGUAGGAUGCCAAAUCGUCGCACUGAACUUCCAAACGGCUGGCGUGGAGAUGGAUCUGAAUGACGGUCUUUUCGGUCAGAACGGACGCUGUGGUUACGUGCUGAAGCCACUGUUCAUGCGCAGCGCAGAGAAGCAGUUCGAUCCGGAACAUCCGCAGAUGCUGGACAGAUCCGGACCCCUGACCCUCACCAUACAGGUGAUCAGCGGUCAGCAGCUGCCGAAGGUGAACCAGAAGGAGGGCUCUAUUGUGGACCCGCUGGUGCGCGUGGAGCUCCACGGAGUGCCACUGGACCAAGCCAAGCUGGAGACUCAUCACAUUGAAAACAAUGGCUUCAACCCUAUAUGGGACGAAACUCUGAAGUUCACCGUGCAUGUGCCUGAACUGGCUCUGGUGCGCUUUGUUGUGGAGGACUACGACAAAACUUCGAAGAACGACUUUGUGGGCCAGUUCACACUGCCUUUCUCAUGUAUACAGCAAGGAUAUCGCCACAUCCACCUCCUGUCAAAAGACGGCACCAAGAUACCCCCUUCCUCUCUCUUUGUUCACAUCAGGAUCACACAGAGAACUUAACACUCACAAACCAUGUUACAAGGCACACACACGCAGGGCUCUCACAGGCAAUUACAAGUUUUCGCAUUUAUCAUUGUCAAUACAGUCAAAAGAUGCAUUACCUAUGAUGCAUGCUGUACAAUAACCAGGAAAAGUCAAUUAGCUUUUUUAUGUUAAAUGUACAGCUGGCAUGAUUAAAUGUAACUGGGUACUGUAAUCCACAGGAUAAGUGGUGCGCCAAAUGAUUUUCUAGAUAUCGAUAUAUUCAUCGUUCUAAUGCCUGUGUCACAAAAGGAUUCCAAUGUUUAAUACGCUUCAGUGUCCAAUGGGAUAUCUUGUCUAUA